AGGAGACGGACCAACCUUUUUUUUUUCUCUCUCUCUCUCUUUCCCACAUCUCCGCUGAAAGGCUCUCAUCCAUUUUUUUCCCCUCCUCCUCCUCCUCCUCGCUCCAACUCCGCCGAAGCAAGCUUCCUUUUUUUUUUUUUUGUAUUCCUUUUUCUACCCCCUUUUCCCGCCUUUACGCAGAGAUGUUACCACCUCACUCCAGAGAUGUUUCAAAAUGAGGAGCCUCUAACUCGCCACGACUUUACUUUCUCUCAACAUCGUGGAUUCGCCCGACGAGGACGCAAACUAUACGUCUUUUUUUUUUUUUUUGAGCUUUCUUAACCUCAAGAGGGAGCAGAAGAUAUGAAGUUUAAAGGGUUUGGCUUCCGGGUCACCUGUCCCGCCCAUUAGGCACUAAAAAAAAAAAAAAGAAAAUAACUGUUAAUAACAACAAGGACCAUUUUUUCACUACGUAGAACGAGUUGAAUACUGUUUUUUUUUCUCUCCCUCUCUUUUUUUCUUCACCUUUUUGGAGGAAUUAUAUGUACGCCACGCCGGUGGAUAUGGCUUAAAAUGUUGGCGUCAGAAGGAGAAAAGUCCGUCACUUGAGUCUUAUUUUCUAGCCUCCUACGUCUUUUUGCUUGAAAAGCCCUUCUAAAUGGGAGGAUACCUGGCGGACUGAGUCGGGGAAAAAAAAAAUGUGGAUAAAACGGAGUGUCACUCGCAGCGGUCCCUCUGCUCCCAGGCCAGGCAGCUGCGUGGGCCACCGGGUGUGGAUCCUGCUGGCGAUGACCCACAUGACCCUGGACUUGUGCGUCUGCAGCCCCCUCGGUCAGGGUCUGGGGAUCAAACUCAUGCCUAAACCGGUGGCUCGCUCGCGACCCCGCCUGCAGCCCGUCUGGGACACGCCCAACAAGAUCCACUGGAGAACGGUGAGCCCUCUGGCCCGCAGGCUUCUCAACCCCAUCCCUCCGCCCCCAGACGGUAGACUAGGGGCGGGGCUGAAAGUCAAGGUCCAGAAACAUCGGAAGCCUCUGCACAAACGGCCGUGUAAGGAGUGCCGGAUGGCGGCGUUCGCCGAAGUGGAGACGGGUGAUCCUGUAAUAGCGGAGGCUUCGGCGGGGUUACCCGCCCGGAGCACAGGAACCGGACCGAGGUCGCUGCACAGAGCCAGGAGGCAGCUGAAAUGGGAGAGCCUUGACAAGUCGCAGGAGGGCCGGACUACUACGGUGGCCGAAUUUAUCGACUGGGGACCCACAGGCACAGAUAGCAUAGAUGAGGAUGGUAAACCUGGGCUCAAAGUCACCCCGCCGACUAGGUCCUCAACUACCGCAGUGGCCGUAACCACUAGCACCACAACGAGGUUAUCCCAAAGGACGCUCGCCAUGGUCACCACACCAGAGUCUAAGAGGUUAAGCACCACCAAGGCCAUCAACAGCUUUGGGGAGACUGUCAAGCCACCAAAGCCAAAUGUGGAUACAUCAGGUUUGGCAGUUCACCAGAUAAUCACUAUCACUGUGUCUCUCAUUAUGGUUAUCGCAGCCUUGAUCACAACACUCGUCCUUAAAAACUGCUGUGCACAGUCAGGAAAUGGCCGCCACAAUAGCCAUCAGCGUAAGAUUCACCAGCAGGAAGAAAGCUGCCAAAACCUGACAGAUUUCACCCCGGCCAGGGUCUCCAGCAAGGUGGACAUCUUCACUGCCUACAACGACAGCCUGCAGUGCUCUCACGAGUGCGUCCGGACUGCUGUGCCCAUCUACACGGACGAGAUGAUCCAGCAGACGCCGGUCUACAAGACGGCUUACAAUGGAAACAGGCCUUCCCCCUCUGAAAGACAACUGAUCCCUGUUGCCUUUGUGUCGGAAAAAUGGUUUGAGAUCUCCUGUUGACGAGUUUGACGGUCCCUGGUCGCUUCCUGAGGGGUGAGAGUUCCCAAAUACAUGCUUCGGAUCCAAAAGGACACAAGAAACCAACAGCUUCUUUUUGUAAAGUAGUGCGAUCUCGCUUUGGACACUGGUGAAGAUAUUUAUUUUUCUAGAGAUGACAAAAGGGAGCAGUCACAGCGUCACAGCGCCUGUACCGUCGAUACGACGCGGACCGGGGGUGCGUUCGCGCGUGGACAAAGACUGCGACCGAUAUCUCUAAUCACGGAUACAUAUUUGACAUUCGACAAAAAAGGCACCCAACGGCUCUUCUGCGGGUGGAGGAUGAACUGUUUUUUUCUGAACAAUGUGCCAAUUAUGCCACUAUGUGCCACAACCUGGACAGAGAGGGAAGUUUCAUUGCCAACAAACGGACAAAACAAAGAGUGCUAUAUUAACCUUGUAUCGACGACAUUGUUUUUGUGUUUUUUUUUUGGUUGUUUUUUUUAAGAAAUGUGAAAAUGCUACAAAUGUAUUUGGAUAUGUACUAAACUAGUUUUAAGAAAUGUAUGAAAAAAGGAAGAGGGGUGAAAAACAUAUUUAUAUGAAACACUUAAUAGGCCGGGAAGACCGAGGGAAGGAAGAAAAACGGUGUUUUGACGGAAAAUACGAUCGGUUGAAACUGAACAGUGCUAUUUUUUUACACAGAAAACCCUGCCAACACCCGACAAUGAAGAUCCAAAGCUCUUCGGAUUUGUCACUGUUAAUUAAAUACUUCCAUCUCCGAUGUUUUUUUUUUUUUCUGAUUUGAGUGACAGGGACCUUCGUAGAGCUUUAUGGAGCCUCAGCUUGUUUCGCAUCUGCACAGAGGUGGAUGGGACAUUUAACUGCCUCAGGUCUGUCCCGCUCUCUCGCACUUUUUUUUUUUUUUGACUUUAAUGCUGUUGCAUAAUUUAUAAUUUGUUCGCAAUGCAGCAACAAUGAUAAGGUAAUAGGAGCCUCACAAUCAAAAAGUUAGUGAUUGCCAGAUAAAAAUCAGUUCCUGUGUAUUGCAUUCAUACAAACAUAGGACCCAUGCAUUAUUUUUUUAAAAUAUGCAUAAAGUCUCAAGAAGCCAAAAAGGAAUACAACUAAUUAUCUGUUUAUUCAAAGAGUAGAACCUCCAAAGUGAACAACAAACCUCUGAAGUUAUUCUGAUAAAAAAAAUUGUCCAACACCGAAUACGAUAAUUUUUUGCGGAAUGAUAAUUAUAUGGAAAUUGGAGAAAGAAGUUAGAAAAGUUUGGUAAACAUACUCAUUCUUAUAAAAAAGCUGAAAUUGUCUAGUGGUUAGAGCGUCCGCCCUGAGAUUGGAAUUUCGUGAGUUCAAACCCCGGCCGAGUCAUACCAAAAGACUGUAAAAAUGGGACCCGUUACCUCCCUGCUUGGCAUUCAGAAUCACGGGUUGGAAUUUAGGGUUAAAUCACCAAAGUGGUUCCCGAGCGCAGCCACCGCUGCUGCUCACUGCUCCCCUCACCUCCCAGGGGGUGGAACAAGGGGAUGGGUCAAAUGCAGAGGUGUGUUUGUGACUAUCGUUGGGAAUUUAACUUUAAUGGAAAGAAAACGGUAAGAGUUUCUCUGCUAGACUUUAGCUUCAUGCUAGCCACAUUAGCAUUUAUUUCAUUUUUGGCUUUUCUCUGUCAGGGGGUUUGCCACAGCCAGUCAAUCGCACGAAUGGAUUGGGCCGGGCUUACACGACGGAUUCCCUGGCCAGGAAUUGAACACAUACCCUCCGGCAUUAAAAGAAAGAACCAUUAAACCCCCAGAGAUGGUCAUUUACAUUAACAUCCACUCGGUGAAGUAUUGACCCAGCCAGCAAAUUCAAUUUCAAGUUCUAUGAUGGUCCACAGAAAGCCAAAGAAAAAUAUCGUCCAUCCAUCCAUCCAUCUUCUUUCGCUUAUCCGAGGUCGGUCGCAGGGCAGCAGCCUAAGCAGGGAAGCCCAGACUUUCCUCUCCCCAGCCACUUUGUCCAGCUCUUCCCCAGGGAUCCCGAAGCGUUCCCAGGCCAGCCGGGAGACAUAGUCUACCCAAUGUGUCCUGGGUCUUCCCGUGGCCUCCUACCAUUUGGAAGUGCCCUAAACACAUCUCUAGGGAGGCGUUGGGGUGGAAUUCUGACCAGAUACCCGAACCACCUCAUCUGGCUCCUAUCAAUGUGGAGGAUCAGCGGCUUUACUUUGAGCUCCCCCCAGUGGAGGGAACUCAUUUUGGCCGCUAGUACCCGUGAUCUUAUCCUUCGGUCAUUACCCAAGGCUUAUGACAAUAAGUGAGGAUGGGAACGUAGAUCGACCGGUAAAUUGACAGCUUAGCCUUACGGCUCAGCUCCUUCUUCACCACAACGGAUCGAUACAGCGUCCGCAUUACAGAAUACGCCGCACCGAUCCGCCUGUCAAUCU